GAGGCGUUUUAUAGCAUGUUUAUCUUGUGUAUGUACGUGAUUUGCAACCGAUUUCAGAGAUGGUACGACGAGUUCCUCUACUGGGUUCCCGAAGACUAUCAGAAUAUUUCCGAAUUACGUCUUCCAUACAACAACAUUUGGUUGCCGGAUACUACUUUGUAUAAUUCUCUAGUCAUGAAAGAUGACGAGACGCGACGCCUUCUAAACGCAAAGUUAACGACGGAUCGUCGUCGUCGUGCAUCACUCAUCGAGUUGCUUUACCCGACCAUUUACAAGUUUUCCUGUCUACUCGACUUGCGAUUUUUUCCAUUUGAUGUACAGGUUUGCACCAUGACAUUCUCAUCGUGGACCUAUGAUCAGAAAGGAAUUGAUUAUUUUCCGUAUUCGGAUAAGAUUGGCACCUCAAACUAUUUGGAAAACGAAGGAUGGUAUAUUCUAAAGACGAAUGUUACUCGAAACGAGGUGAAAUACAGCUGUUGCCCGAAUAAAUACACCUUGCUGCAAUUGACAUUGUACCUGAGGAGAAAGCCGCUUUUCUACCUGGUGAAUCUCAUUAUUCCCACUUCGAUCAUCACCCUAAUCGCCAUUGUCGGAUUUUUCACGACAUCGUCAGCCAGCGGAGUGCGGGAGGAGAAAGUAUCGCUAGGUAUCACAACACUUCUGUCGAUGUCGAUUCUGAUGCUGAUGGUCAGCGACCAGAUGCCAACCACAUCUACGUUUAUUCCGCUAAUUGGUCAGUUUUUGAUUUUCUCAAUAGUUCCUUCAGGGAAUUACUAUCUGCUUAUCUUUUUCACUUCGCCUUUAAACUCCAAACCAAGAUUUCAAUCACUUUGA